CUGCCCGCUGCGCACGCCGCGCGGCCGGUUCCUGGUGUCGCUGCCGCCGGGCGGAGAGGUCCUGGUGGCCACCCCGGAGCUCGUGGGCCUGGCGAGCGGUCAGGAAUUCUGCAUUCCCAUGCAGGAGAUGGUUGCCGUGAGGCUUGGCGCAGCCAGUAAUGGAAAAGAGGUUGUGGGCCCUUCCAUCAAUGAAAACUGUUUUACUGUGUUCUUUGUACAGCGGGAGAAGCAAGAGUGCUGGCGACUGGGGUCACUGGAGUUUACUGCCCCACCUGCCUCUCAGCUGGCCGUCCGCUGGGUAAAUUCUUUGCAGAUCUGGAUUCAUCACCACGGUAGAACACGGCCCAGGAGCCUCCUUGUCUUCAUCAAUCCAGUUGGAGGACAAAAACGAGCAGUGGAGAUCUACCAACGUCAGGUGGCCCCACUCUUCCGUCUCGGUGGGAUUUAUGCUCAAGUUGUGGAGACCUGCCAUGCAAAUGAGGCUCGUGAUUGCAUCCUGCACCAAGAUCUUUCUGACUUUGAUGGGCUGGUGAGUGUUGGGGGCGAUGGCACAUUCAGUGAAGUGAUGCAUGCCUUGAUUGACAGGACCCAGAGAAAGGAGAGGGGUUUGGAAGCCACUGACAUUGAUGCAGAGGUUAUUCCUCCCAGACUGCGCAUUGGCAUCAUACCUGCUGGUUCUACAGAUUGUGUGUGUUUUGCAACUGUGGGAAUAAAUGACCCUGUCACUUCUGCUCUGCACAUCGUCAUAGGGGACAGCCAGCCCCUAGAUGUUUGCAGCAUUUGGCAUGCUGGAAAGCUUCUUCGCUACUCAGUCUCAUUGGUUGGCUACGGCUUCUAUGGCGAUGUGGUGCGUGCCAGUGAGAAGCAUCGCUGGAUGGGGCCAGUGCGCUACACUUAUGCAGGAGCCAAGGCAGUACUAAGCAAUCGCAGCUAUGCAGGUACCGUGGAGUUCCAGCUGGCAAGGACCCAGGAAUCCAGUCCAAGAGAUCAGAAGCGCUGCCGGUCAGGCUGUUUAGUCUGUUCAGAAUCUAGCAAACAUCUGUCAGCUGAAGGCAACGAAGGAACACUGGCUGAGUCAGAGAACCACACAGAUGGUGACUGGCAGCAGGUCCAGGGCCGUUUCCUAGCAGUCAAUUUGACCAGCAUGAGCAGCGCCUGCCCCAAGAGUCCCGAGGGUCUCUCCCCCUGUGCUCAUUUGGCUGAUGGAACCGCUGACCUCAUCUUGGUGCACGAAUGCUCCACGUUCUCCUUCCUGAGGCACCUAAGUCGGCACACCAACCGCUCAGACCAGUUUGAUCUGCCGUUUGUGAGUGUGUACCGGGUUCGGGCUGCUCGUUUCACUCCAUCAAAAGUGGAGGACCAUGAGGAGGGAGAGCCAGCUCCCCAAGAACGUAGGGGGCUCUGUGGGGGAAUAUGCCAAGGGGAGCCACCGGUCAGCUGCUGGACGUGUGACGGUGAGACUGUGAGCCACGCUGACCUCAGCAUCAGAGUGCAUGGGAGCCUCAUUCAUCUCUUUGCUCGUGGCAUCGAACAGGCAGCCUCCAUCCGUUAGGAAGUUCCUGCUAAGGAGAACCCCGCCAGAUCAGAAGGGCAGUGCGAUCCUGAGGCUACAGGGACCUGAGAGGCACCGCCUAAGCCCCUUUAGAAGGACGUCCCCAACAGGACCAGGUGUCUAUCCCUGAGCCAAAGGGCAAGCACCCAGCUCUAAAAGGGAUAUGGGACAAGGCCUGUGCCUCCAUCACGAACUGCACAAGGGGCAUCUCCCAGCCCUUCUUUUAAGCAACUGCACCUGGCAGAGAAGGAACAGCACAGGAGGUGAGGCCUUACUCUACGGAUUCACAACCUGCUUCACUCUUACUGGUGUUCCUGCCUAACGUAUGCCACUUUGGGAGUCUGCUGCUAAAAAACAAACAAA